AUGCCGGGAGAUCGGAAUCGGAAUCGGUCGCGGUCGAGAUCGCCGGAGCGGAGGCGCGGGGAUGUCAGACGGCGGUCGCCGGUCGACGAGGAGCAUCGGGCGAAGAGGCCGAGGAGCCCGCGGGAGAGCAGCGCGCGCAGCAGCAAAGACGUUUCUGCGGCGGCGGCACUGCCGUACGACGCGCGCGCGCUUUCGAAGAACGAUCUGGACGUCUUCAGGCCGCUGCUGGCGUAUUACCUGGACCUGCAGAAGCAAAAGGACAUGCGCGACAUGGACGAGCGGGAGGUCCGGGGUCGGUGGAAGAGUUUCAUGGGGAAGUGGAACCGCGGGGAGUUGAGCUCCGGGUGGUAUGAUCCGGAGAUGUUCAUGGCUGCCAAGGAGAGGGCUCCGGAGGAUGCACCGCUGGGGAGGACUGAGGAGGAUGUGGACGAGGAUGGGGAGGAGGAGCGCGAUGAUGAUGAUGAUGACGACGACGACCUGGGACCGAUGUUGCCGCCCACCGCUCGCGAGGGCGGACGGCGCUCCGGGCCGGGGAUCCCGAGUCUCGCGGACCUGUCGCUGCGCCGGGAGAACCUCGCCGAGGACGCGCAGCGCGAGCGGGAGGCGCAGGUGGAGGAUCUGCGGGCGCAGAGGAAUGAUGACCGGAAGCAGCAGCGGGAGCGGCUGGACGAGCUGGUGCCGCGCGCGGACGCGGGGACGAGGGAGCGGAAGCUGGAGAAGCGGGCGCUGGUGAACGACAAGAUGAAGGGGUUCGCGGACAAGAGCGGGGACGGGCAGGUUGAGGUCGGGGAGCAGGAGCUCAUGGGGGGCGGGGACUCGGUGGCGGAGUACCGGGCGAUGAAGGCGCGGGAGGAGCGGAAGAAGACGGAGAGGGAGAUUCGGCGGGAGGAGGUUGCAAGGGCGAGGGCGGCGGAGAGGGAGGAAAGGGUGAGGGAGUAUCGGGAGAGGGAGGAGGGGGUUAUGAAGGGGUUGAAGGAGUUGGCGAAGCAGAGAUUUGGUUGA